AUGACAGAUGACAAAGAUGUACUUCGAGAUGUAUGGUUUGGACGAAUACCAACCUGUUUCACUCUGUAUCAGGAUGAAAUAACUGAAAGGGAAGCUGAACCUUACUAUUUGCUUUUGCCAAGGAUAAGCUACUUGACACUGGUAACAGACAAAGUGAAGAAACACUUUCAGAAAGUUAUGAGACAAGAGGAAGCGAGUGAAAUAUGGUUUGAAUAUGAAGGUACACCACUGAAAUGGCAUUACCCAAUAGGUCUGCUGUUUGAUCUCCAUGCAUCAAAUACAGCCCUUCCUUGGAGCAUCACAGUGCAUUUCAAGAAUUUUCCAGAGAAGGAUCUUCUCCACUGCCAUUCUAAGGAUGUAAUUGAAGCUCAUUUUAUGGCUUGUAUAAAAGAAGCAGAUGCUUUAAAGCACAAAAGUCAAGUCAUCAAUGAGAUGCAAAAAAAGGAUCAUAAGCAACUGUGGAUGGGAUUACAGAAUGAUAAAUUUGAGCAGUUUUGGGCAAUAAAUCGAAAACUCAUGGAGUAUCCUGCAGAAGAGAGUGGAUUUCGAUACAUCCCAUUUAGAAUUUAUCAGGCCACAACAGAGAGACCUUUUAUACAGAAGCUGUUUAGACCAAUUGCUUCAGGAGGAGAGUUGCAUACUUUGGGAGAUCUGCUAAAAGAUGUCUGUCCUGGUGCUAUCACCCCUGAAGAUGGAGAGCAGAAGACUCAAGUGAUGAUUCAUGGAAUUGAGCCAAUGCUGGAAACACCCUUACAGUGGCUAAGUGAACAUAUGAGCUAUCCAGAUAAUUUUCUCCACAUUAGUAUCAUUCCCCGACCUACUGAUUGAAACUCGGCGGCGCUGGCGCGAGGAUCAUUCUCCAGCCACACCAACUCCUUGCUUCUCUCAGUCUUGACAGAGGCAGCCUGGCCAGAAGAAAAAGACACACAAGGAAGAACCAAACCCCAAACCCAACAAAACAACCCUGAAACAAACCCAGAAGUCCUCACUGCUGCAAAAGCCAAACAGGAAGAGAGAUCCUAUCCCCAGAUAAGGGCAAUGGGGGCUGAUCUUACUUUGCAUCGUCGCCGCUGUUCUUCACCGCUCUCGUUACAUCAGUUGCGAUAUGAAAGAAUUUACAGGACCUCCGCUGCAAGCCUGCUGCUUUCUUGUAAAAUAGAGCCAAGCUGAAACUGUCAGAUGGAAAUGUGCCACUUGAUUGUAUUUCUGGUUAACAAAUAAACAGGGCUGUUUCCUAAAGCAGCAGUGUUUCGA